CAUCUGAAGAUUCUGAACCGGUCUCUUUAGCUCUGUAACAAAGAAUUUUUUACAUAGCCGAGGCUUUCACUUGAAGCAGCUUAAAAUGGAAAGUAUAGUGAACAUUGUUGUAGGUUCUUCUGUAUGGGUUGAAGACCCAGAAAUAGCUUGGGUUGAUGGAGAAGUAUUAAAAAUUGAUGGUGAAGAUGCUGAAAUCAGGACAAGUAAUGAAAAAACAGUUGUUACAAAGUUAUCAAAAAUAUUUCCAAAGGAUACGGACAGUUCUGGUGGUGGAGUUGAUGAUAUGACAAAAUUAUCCUAUUUGCAUGAGCCUGGAGUUCUGCAUAACUUGUCAUCUAGAUAUGGGAUCAAUGAAAUCUAUACUUAUACUGGAAACAUUCUUAUUGCUGUUAAUCCAUUCCAACGGUUGCCUGAUCUGUAUGAUGCUCAAGUGAUGGAACGAUACAAUGGAGCACCAUUUGGAGACCUAAGCCCUCAUGUUUUUGCGGUUGCAGAUGUUGCAUAUAGGGCAAUGAUUAAUGAGGGGAAAAGUAACUCCAUUCUGGUUAGUGGUGAAAGUGGAGCUGGUAAAACUGAGACUACAAAAAUGCUUAUGCGCUACCUUGCUUAUCUGGGUGGCCGUGUGGCCACAGAAAGGAGGACUGUUGAACAACAAGUUUUAGAAUCAAAUCCAGUUCUUGAAGCAUUUGGCAAUGCCAAAACUGUUAGAAAUAACAAUUCCAGCCGAUUUGGUAAAUUUGUUGAGAUUCAAUUUGAUGAGCAUGGAAGGAUAUCAGGUGCAGCCAUCAGAACAUACCUUCUUGAGAGAUCCCGUGUUUGCCAGAUUUCUGAUCCCGAGCGUAACUACCACUGUUUUUACCUUCUUUGUGCAGCACCAUCUGAGGUUACUGAGAAAUAUAAAUUGGGAGACCCUAAAUCAUUUCACUAUCUCAACCAAUCAAAUUGCUUUCAACUGGAUGGUGUAAGUGAGGCCCGUGACUAUCUUGCCACUCGGAGAGCUAUGAAUAUCAUUGGAAUAUGUGAUAAAGAACAAGAUGCAAUUUUUAGAGUUGUUGCUGCGAUUCUUCAUCUUGGUAAUAUUGAUUUUGCCAAGGCACAGGAAAAUGAUUCAUCAGUUCUAAAAGAUGAUAAUGCCAAGUUCCAUCUCCAAAUGACAGCAGAACUUCUCAUGUGUGAUAUUCAGUCCUUGGAAGAUGCACUGUUGAAGCGUGUGAUGAUAACACCAGAUGAUGUAAUUAAAAAAAGUCUUGAUCCACAUGGUGCAGCUGUCAGUAGGGAUGGCUUAGCAAAGACAAUAUAUUCCCGCUUGUUUGACUGGUUGGUGGAUAAAAUUAAUGUCUCAAUUGGGCAAGAUCCUCACUCAACAUCUCUGAUUGGAGUGCUUGACAUCUACGGUUUUGAAAGCUUUCAGAGUAACAGUUUUGAGCAGUUUUGUAUUAAUUUCACAAAUGAGAAGCUGCAACAACAUUUCAACCAACAUGUAUUCAAGAUGCAACAGGAAGAGUACACAAAGGAGCAAAUUGAUUGGAGUUACAUAGAAUUUGUUGAUAACCAAGAUGUCUUGGAUCUUAUUGAAAAGAAACCAGGAGGAAUCAUUGCUCUCCUCGAUGAAGCUUGCAUGUUUCCAAAGUCAACACAUGAAACAUUUGCAGAGAAGCUCUAUCAGACAUUCAAAUCUCACAAACGUUUUAUCAAGCCAAAACUAUCCCGUACAGAAUUUGCAAUUGCUCAUUAUGCAGGAGAGGUCUUAUAUCAAUGUGACCAAUUUCUAGACAAAAACAAGGACUAUGUGGUUGCUGAGCAUCAGGACUUGUUGAGUGCUUCCAAAUGUUCUUUUGUAUCAGGCUUAUUCCCUCACCUUCCUGAGGAGACAGCCAAACCUUCCAAGUUCUCAUCCAUUGGAUCACGUUUUAAGUUGCAACUACAGCAGUUGAUGGAUACACUAAAUUCAACAGAACCUCAUUAUAUUAGAUGUGUAAAGCCAAACAACCUUUUGCAACCUGCCAUAUUUGAGAAUUUCAAUAUCCUGCAACAGUUACGUUGUGGUGGUGUUCUAGAGGCAAUCAGAAUCAGUUGUGCAGGGUAUCCUACUCGUCGUACAUAUGUUGAAUUUCUACAGCGAUUUGGUUCUCUUGCACCAGAUGUUAAGAAAAGGGACCAUGAGGAGAAGGAUGCAUGCAGAAUGAUUCUGGAAAAGCAGGGGCUUACUGGGUUUCAGUUAGGAAAAACCAAGGUCUUUCUAAGAUCUGGUCAGAUGGCUGAGUUAGAUGCACGUAGAGUUGAGGUACUUAGUUGUGCAGCCAAAACUAUUCAGCGACAAGCACGAAGACAUAUUACUCAGAAACAGUAUAUUGCAAUACAGAAGGCUGCUAUCUAUUUGCAGUCUUUCUGUAGAGGAAGACUGGCUUGCAAGCUUUUUGAGCAAAUGAGAAGGGAGGCAGCUUCUGUAAAAAUCCAAAAGAAUAUGCGAAGACAUAUAUCAAGGAAAUCUUACGUAAAUGUCCGUGUAUCAGUUCUUGUCUUGCAGACACGCUUAAGGGGAAUGUUUUCUCGCAAGGAAUUUAAAUUGAGGAAGCGAAUUAAAGCUGCAAUAACUAUUCAGACCUAUUGGCGCCGUCAGAAAACUUCUUCAUGCUACAAGAGGAUCAGAUGGGCUUCAAUUGUUUUCCAGUGCCGAUGGAGGGAAAGAACUGCCAGAAGAGAACUAAGAAAGCUCAGAAUGGCUGCAAGAGAUGCAGAUGCACUUAGGGAAGCAAAGGACAAACUUGAAAAACGAGUGGAGGAACUCACAAAGAGUUUAGAAUUGGAAAAGCGUCUAAGGACUGAGUUGGAGGAAGCAAAAGCAGAAGAGAUAAUGAAGCUGCAGAAUUCUUUGCAAGAUAUGCAGAACAAAAUGAAUGAAACAAAUGGACUACUUGGCAAGGAAGGAGAGUCUUCAUAUACAGCAAUUGAAGAUGCACCUCUUGCUAUCAAGGAGACCUCAGUUCUUGUCCAAGAUACCAAAACCAUAGAAUCUUUAACCGCAGAAAUGGAAACCCUGAAGUCCCUGUUGCAAUCAGAAAAACAAAGGGCUGAUGAUUCCGAAAAGAAAUGUGCUGAAGCCCAAGAAUCAAGUGAGGAAAAGCGUAAGAAGUUGGUUGAAACAGAAGGAAAAGUACAACAGCUUCAGGAAUCUUUAAAUAGGAUGAUUCAAUGCUUCUCAGAUCAAAUAUCAGAGCUGAAAACGAUUUUGCAUACAUCAUCAAACUCAAGUUCGUCUUCAGAAAGCAUUGAUAGAGAUGAUCAGGUUGAUGCUACUUCUGAUGCCUCUGAAUUCACUUUUCCAGCCUUGGGUCCUACUCCAGAAACCACAUCUUCUUUAAUUCCCAAUACUCUCCACCUAAUAUUUCAGGAUCUUUCAGCCGCAGAAAAUUCAGGCUCAAAGAGAAACUUACCAACUUGGUGUCAGAAAAUCGAGUUCUCCACCAGAAAGCUCUUUCCAUGGCACCCAAUAACAAGUUCCUCUCAGGAUGCUCUAAAUCAAUUAGCCAGAGUAGUACUGAUAGUGGCCAUAUUGUGGGGGUUGAUCACAAGACUGCUUUUGAUAUUCACAGUUCAUUAUCAACACCAUGGGAACUUUUACAACCACAAAAGUCACUCAAUGAGAAACGGCAGGAGAACAAAGACUUGCUCAGAAGGUGUAUUGCUCAGCACCAAGACUUCAGUUGGAGAAGGCCAAUUUUCACAUGUAUCAUAUACAAAUGCCUUCUUUCGAAGUUGAUCGGACUAGCUUUUUUUUUUUUGACCAGAUUAUUCAGACAAUUGCACAUGCUAUUGAGACCCAGGGUAACAAUGAUAUGCUAGUCUACUGGUUGUCCAACUCAUCAACUUUGUUACUACUACUCCAGUGAACACUUAAAGCAAGCAGUGCAGAUGGUAUGGCUCCACAACACCGUCGAUCAUCAUCAGCUACCUUGUUUUGAAUGAUGAU